AUGUCGGACACACUGUCUGAUGCGGAAAAGAUCCGCAACAAGCGCCUGGCAAAACUCGGAAACCCUACACCACCCCCAGGUAGUCCAUCAGACUCUCCCUCUAAUUCUCCCAAUACUUCUCGCCCACAGUCCCCCGCGCCUCAGCAGCAGUCGCCCCGAGUUCCAUGUUCACCAACAUCCACCGCACAGACACCACUAUAUGCAGAAGGAAAGCGGAUAAAGAUCACUCCAGCUAUCUCGACUCCAGAAAGACCGUCCUCGGCUGCUUCAUCCGUCAGCACUUCCAGGCCCACCAGGUCCGAAAAUACCGCAAAAGCUGAGCCCCAGACCAUCGAAGAGUUUGAACAUCAGACCCUAGGCGAGCUAUUCAAGCUUUCCCUCGUGGAAACACCCUAUACAACCAAUGGGAAACGGAUAUUCCUUCCUGGCUUGCGGAGUGAACUGCAGGAUGAAGGCAAAGAACUGCGUCUGCAGAUAGCAUAUCUGGACCAAGCCCUGUUAGAGGCUGCUUCAAACACAAAGCAGCAGCGUCCACUGGACUAUUUGCUACCAUGCUGGAAGGAUAUUCAAAAGAAGAUGAAGAAGCCUGAAAAUGACCCCAAAAAAUCGCACAUUUACAAUGAGGCUCAGCGUUUGUGUCUUAGUUAUUGCAUCUUUGCGAUCACAAUGCCUGAGAUGUUUGGUGUCGACUCCCCUGAAGCUUCACCGUUGGCCCGGCACCUAUUACUAGAUCCCGAUGACUCGAGGGGACUUGAUGCCGAAUUUCUCCGUGAGGUUGUCAAAAGCUUUGACGAAGAUGAGGCCAUUAAGCCCGCUCUUAUCACCGCGAUUGAGGAGCUGAGCAGCCAGUUGUCCACUAAGGAUGCUAAUGGUGACUAUCAACCCUAUCUGAUGGCAUUACGAAAUAUUGUUCAGUUCUCGCCACUCGCAGUCGCUAUCACGGAAUCUUCGAUAUUCAAUCAUUCGAAGGAUCCAUCUCAAUUUGAGAAGGUUACCCUCCUGGGGCCCUGGUUCCGUCUGUCCCCUCUCCAACCCGAUGUCACCAUGUCAUUCUUUUCUAGCCCCAAGACCCGGGACCAGGCUUAUAUCUUGAAUGCUCAGCGCUCGCUUCGCAUGACCCAGCACAUGAUCAAGUCGGAACUUGAAAGAAUUGUACACACAAUAGUUCGUGCCUCGCCCGAGGCUCGAGAGCGCCUUCUUGAUUGGUUUGCGACUGCUGUGAAUAUCAAUCAUAAGCGCCGGGCCAUGCAAGUUGACCCCGAGCAGGUGUCAAGUGACGGUUUCAUGUUUAAUAUCACGUCCUGUCUUGACCAUCUAUGCGAGCCGAUCAUGAAUGCGUCUUUCAGCAAAGUCAACAAUAUUGAAGCAGCAUAUCUUCAACGGAAUCCCCGGGUAGACAUGGAGGAUGAGACCAAGAUUAAUGCGGACAAGCAUGCGUCGGAUGCUUUCUACUCCAAGAAAGUGGAAGGCAAAUCCAAUUUCACGACCGAGGUUGUCUUCCUAUCAGCUGCUGCUCAUCACUAUGGCAGCGAAUCGCUUACCUCGAAGCUGGAGCAACUUGAGAAGGAUCUGAGGCACAUGGAAUCCACCAUCACCAAAUUUGAACUAGAACGGCACCGCUGGACUGGCAACCCCAUGCAGUUACGUGUCUUUGAACAGGCGCUUAAGAAGUACAGGGAUAAGCUCGAUCUGGGUUUGGCGUUGAAGUACAGCCUUCAAGGUGUCCUAUUUGAUGAGCAGUGGCAGACUCGCUCGAUUUUGUUUAUGCGUCAUCUCGCUGUCUGGCUAUUGAAGCUGGUGUCAGGUGCGGACUUUCCCAAGGAGAAAGUCAGCUUACCGCUCCCUGAAAAGCAACCCGAGGUGUUCCAAUGCCUCCCAGAAUACUUCUUGGAUGUUAUUGUCAGCAAUUUCAAAUUCAUUAUGUGGGCUAUGCCCCAGAUCAUCACUGCCACUGAGGGCGAUGAGUUGGUGAUGCUGUGCAUCUCUUUCUUGGAAAGCUCUAGCUAUAUCAAGAAUCCAUAUCUCAAGGCGGGCCUUGUUUCGAUUCUGUUCCGAGGUACAUGGGACCGCCCCGGAGGCGCACGCGGCGUCUUGGUUGACUUGCUGAACUCGCUGCCGUUCGCCAACCAAUACCUUCUCCAUGCCGUGAUGAGAUUCUACAUUGAGGCGGAGCAUACCGGUGCGCACACUCAAUUUUUUGACAAAUUCAAUAUUCGCUACGAGAUUUUCCAGAUUAUCAAAUGCAUCUGGCCAAACACGUUGUAUCGAAAGAAGUUGUCCUACCAAGCCAACCAGAACGUGGACUUUUUUGUCCAGUUUGUCAAUUUGCUGUUGAACGAUGUGACCUAUGUGCUGGAUGAAUCCUUUGGAGCCUUCAAAACCAUCCACAACAUCCAAGACCAGCUCGCCAGUGAGGGGAACUCGAUGGACCCCACCACCCGACAAGAACGCGAAGAACACUUAACCACAGUUCAACGGAGUGCCAAGUCCUACAUGCAGCUGACCAACGAAACAAUGGCCAUGUUGAAGCUUUUUACCGCGGCUUUAGCCGACGCCUUUACCAUGCCCGAGAUCGUCCAACGUCUUGCUGAUAUGUUGAAUUACAAUCUGGAGGCGAUGGCGGGACCGAAGAGCUCCAACCUCAAAGUUGAGAACCCGGGCCAAUAUGGCUUCGAGCCGAAGGUAUUCCUUAGCGAGAUUGCAAGGGUGUAUCUGAACCUCAUGGGCAAAGAAACUUUCAUCACGGCUAUUGCUCGUGAUGGACGGUCCUACAAGCCUGUACUUUUUGAGAAGGCUGCAGUCCUUUUGCGUAAUCAUAAGUUAACAGCCGAAGAAGAUUUACAGCGAUGGGAUCGGCUGCGAAAGAAGGUUCAGGAGGCCAAGGAAGCCGAUGAUCAGGCAGAGGAGGACCUCGGUGAGGUUCCAGACGAAUUCUUGGACCCUCUCAUGUACACACUCAUAGAAGAUCCCGUUAUUCUUCCGAGCUCACGGGUCUCUAUUGACCGCUCGACCAUCCGUUCGCAUUUGCUCAGUGAUCCCCACGACCCCUUCAACCGUGUUCCACUCAAGAUGGAGGAUGUGCUCCCGGAUACCGAACUCAAGGCCAAGAUCGAGGCAUUCAAGGCAGAGCGAACUGGCAAGAAAAGUACAGCUGGGGAGCAGAUGGACAUUUCCGCGGACUGA